AUUCCCUCCUAGAAAGUGUUUAGGCAAAUAUUCAACUGUUGUAAAAAAAACAUAAAAAGGCAUAAAAAUGUGGCUUCUACGUGGGUGAGGUCACCAGCUCAUCACACUUCAGACGUAAAGUCGUGAGGAGGAAUGUCACCCCAGGGCGUUGAUGACAGGAAACAUCCCUACAAUGAACCAGGGCUGAAAUAUAACAGUGACUGUGUAGCACAGGCGUUUUAUAACUUUUUUUGCGUCGAACUUUGUCUCCAUCUAGUGGCAGCAGCAGCAUCACAUUUUGCGUGUGUAUAUUAAAGAAGCCUCUACCAAAGACUUAAUACCUAGUGGUAGGAUUAUGUCCACUCUUUUUCACCCACUGAAUCACAACUUUUUGUAAUAUUAAUUAGAAAAAUAUGGCUUUUUAUUUCUAACUUGAUGCUGUUUUUGUUACGUUUAUGCCUAACUUUUUACUAUUUACGUGCAAACUGUUACUUUCUUCCUUGUCUUUUUGUUUGUUGCAUCUGUUUCCUGUUGCCUCUAACGCUCUUGUCUGUUUGUAGCACAAUGAGUGCAGAUGGGAAAACAGAACUUCCUCCCUACAUCUUACCAGUAGAAGCUAAAUCAGAUGGAGUGAAGAUCUACCACCUUCACACACCUUUCACUCCUACAUCUCCACAAACAGGAGUAACCGCCAGCGGAGCUGCACCAGUGUACACAGGUGGAGGAGGGACUGAUGAUGGCAAACAUAAGUUUGUUAGCUACGACUCAGAGCUGGGACGGAAUCCGGGCAUGACGACCUGCACAACCUGUCAGCAACAGGUCCUGACCAAUGUCACCUACAAAGCAGGGACGUACGCCUGGCUGAUGUGUCUACUCUUCAUCUGCUGCGGGUUGGUGUUGUGCUGCUGCCUGAUUCCAUUUUUCCUGAAAAACUUCAAGGACGCCUACCACACCUGCCCCCGCUGCAACCGAAUCCUGCACGUGGACAAGAAGAAGUGCUGUAAAUGACCUGCAUGAGGACGGAGGUGGAGUCAUGGAAAUGAGCAGCGACAACUUUUGUCCACAUUCUGCUCGUCUGAUGGAGGAGAGGUCGGCGGGGCAAAACAAAGCACAGGACAAAUGCAACUUAUUCCUAUGGAUAUCCGUCACAGUCAGGACUAAAUUAGGCACCAGGGAUUUUCACACCACACUAAAUUAUUCACAUCCAAACCAGGAAAGAUUGCACUGUCAGCGCUGUGUUGUCUCUCCCUCACUGGAGCUCAUACUUCAGUCUCUCCAGAUGCAGUUUUUUGUAGUUGUUUCUUUUUUUUUUUGGAACUCAGUUAUAUUUAAUUCCCAUGCCCUGCAGUAGAACUCUCCUGACCAAUCUAGUCACAGCGUUUACAUCCAAAAUGUUUAAAUGAAGACUUGUAUAUAGAUUAUCUUUGAAUAUAUCAAUAGACGAGUCAGAAAACAAACAUUACACCAAAACUAAUAAUGCAAAAAAAAAAACAAAAAAAAAACCAACACACACUUCCUCACCCAGUAUAUGUCAGUUAUGUUGUUUUUGUUUCUGUUUUCAAGCUUUUUUUUUACCUCCACUAACUUCAAGCUCGGUUUAUGGAGGGAAAAAAUGUCAGUUGUCAUUUAUAAACCUAUUAUUUUAACUCCUAUAUGAAGAAGGGAAGACGGGCAAUAUUAAAGAGCAUGAAGUUCAAGUUUCAUUCUUGUAUCAUAAAGGACAAACAGCAGCCAGCUGUAAAUAUAACUUUGACUUUUUGUUUAGAUCCUUUUAGGCUUUACCUCCAAUAAAGACUUUUGUCUGUGUCUUUACGUUGCAAUGCAAAAUAAAAGCAGCACUAUUCCACAGAG